AUGUUGACGCGUGACAGACUGUGGGUGGCCAACCAGCAGAGUGAGGCUGACUUGAUUCGGAAGAUUUGGGAGUGUGCACUGACUCAGCAUGGCAAGGAGCUGCUGCCGAUUUACGUUAGCCUCCUUCGACAUUUCCCAAGUUCUGCCGAUGUAGCAUUGGCAGACCGCCUCCUGGAGGCGUCGACCAGGCAUCUGAUCUGGCAGCACCUUCUGCAAAAUUCAAAUAACCGCGAAUUUUUCUAUGAUGGGAGGCUGUCGUCACAGGUAAGUCUCAGCAAUCUGAAUGGCACGUCUUUAAUGCUAACUCUCCAGACCGUAGGAAUGAUUCGGGAGCACACAGGCAAGCAGCCGGUGGCGCUACCUCCGCCGCUCUGGGAAAUGCUUCGAUCGAGCACGUCCAUCCGAACAUAUGAAGAGGAACAGACGAAGCGAUUUAAGGAUGCGCCUCUUGCCGAGCAUCCGACAAGCACCUUUGGCCAGACUGUUGCGAGAGCGGUGAGAGCGUGCAUGGCUCUUUUGAGUGCCACACUGAAUAUCGAGGUACAGUUUGUCCAAAUCAACGGCAAAGCAAUUGACGUAUGUUUUGAUCGACAGGAUAACAUACUGAAGAUUCGUAGCCUGUGGCUUGACUUCCAGAGUGUACACGGUGGGGGCUCAUGCUGUUAUGAGUUGGAUGCGGGCAUGGUAGGCCCAGACGUGGCCUUUUUCUGUGAUCACACUAUCGAAGAAUUGAUGCUUCGGGCUGUAGAUUCUGUUUUCCAGAGUUCUCCUCCUUUGGCGGCUACCAAAAGACGUUACUUAGGCCAUAUCAGGCGUCUCUUGAGGUUCAUGCCGCAGAGGAUCGAAUCCUCAUAUCAGCGCUACGGCUUGGUGGUCACUUGGGAGAACCGCAGGAUCCGCUCGGUGCAAAUGGACCAUGAUACUGCAGCGCAAUAUCAUGUUGUCCUCCACGAAGAAAAAUGUAUCGCGGAGUAUUCUUGCAAAUUACUCCAUACCAAAAGUAAGUCCCGACGAAUCGACUGA